AUGCCGGCCGAGUCCGAUUGCCCUGUCACUACUCCUCCCGCGGACGACGCUACCCCGUCGAUGGAGCCGGUGCUGAGGCGCAUUGCCAACAUGGAAGAGGCCAUUGCCAACCACCAUAAAGACGGGCUUCGUCAAGAGGCGAGCACGGCACCUAGCUCGUCCGUUGACGAUAUAUCAGCUGUCGCUAGGCACAUUGCCGGGAUGAAGAGCUGUCUCGAGGCUUUCCGUGAGUACAUCAGCGAGCUGAGGCGUCUCAUGAGGAGAGCCCGUGCCGCUGACACCGGGGAGAGGCGCGCGGCCAGCCCUGCCGGGGACCCUGCUGCCUCGCGUGCUCCCGCUCCACGUCAAGAGGGCGCUACUUCCGACACGGGGGUUCUCGUGCGCAAAGACCAUGUUUUCGACACCGAGACGGAGGCCGUGGUGAGCAACGCCGAGCACCCUGCUGCUCAGCCUCCUCCUACGCAGCGCCCUCCAGCUCAGCAGUUUCCCGCCCAAGGUCCUUUUCCUGAGGGCCCUCCUGCUCAAUAUCUUCCCGCCCAGGGUCCUUUUCCUGAGGGCCCUCCUGCUCAAUAUUUUCCCUCUCAGCAGCCUUUUACUCGGGGCCCUCCUUUUAGCGUCCUCCUGCUCAGUAUUUUCCCGCUCAAGGUCCUUUUCCUAAGGGCCCUCCGGCUCAAUAUUUUCCCCCUCAGCAUUCUUUCACUCAGGGCCCUCCUGUUCAGCGUCCUCCAGCUCAGUACUUUCCCGACCAAGGUGCUUUUCCUGAGGGCCCUCCUGCUACGUUUCAAGAGCGCUUCACUAUCUCUACUGGCAAUGAGCAGUCUGGUCGGCAAGUCGAGGCAAGUCAGUCAUGGAGGAUGUAUGUUCCGGAGCAUAUCCCUUCCAUUUAUACUCGAUGCUAUAUCUUAUCAGUAUCUUAUACUGAGUCACAAUUUACCAGAUACCUUAGGCUAG